AUGCAUUUAUUAGAUAAGAUUUGUGAUCAAGUGAGUGAUGCUAUACUUGAUGCGUGUUUAGCUGAAGAUCCUGAUUCUAAAGUAGCAUGUGAAACAUGUACAAAAACGGGUAUGAUAUUAGUGUGUGGAGAAAUAACAACAAAAGCCAAUCUUAACUAUCAAAAAAUAAUUCGUGAUACUGUUCAUAAAAUUGGUUAUGAUUCAUCUGAUAAAGGUUUUGAUCAUAAAACAAUGAAUGUUCUUGUUGCCAUUGAACAACAAUCACCAGAUAUUGCUCAAGCUGUACACGAAAACAAAUCUGAAGCUGAUCUUGGUGCUGGUGAUCAAGGUUUAAUGUUUGGUUAUGCAACAGAUGAAACUGAAGAAUGUAUGCCAUUAACUAUUGUACUUUCUCAUAAACUUAAUGCUAAAAUGGCUGAAUUAAGACGAAGUGGUGAACUUGAUUAUCUUCGACCUGAUUCGAAAACUCAAGUUACUGUUGAAUAUAAAUUUGAAAACGGUGCUUGCAUUCCACUACGUGUGGAUACAAUUGUUAUAUCGACUCAACAUAGUCCUCAAGUUACUCAAGAACAACUAAAAGCUGAUCUUCGUACGAAGAUUAUUGACGCAGUUAUACCAGCAGAUUUACUUGAUAAGAACACUACGUAUCACUUAAAUCCUUCGGGUAAAUUUGAAAUUGGUGGUCCACAAGGUGAUGCUGGAUUAACCGGACGUAAAAUUAUUGUUGAUACUUAUGGUGGUUGGGGUGCUCAUGGUGGUGGUGCAUUUAGUGGUAAAGAUCCAUCAAAAGUUGAUCGAUCAGGAGCUUAUGCAGCUCGUUGGGUUGCAAAAUCACUUGUUCAUGCUAAACUUUGUCGUCGUUGUCUUGUUCAAGUAUCAUAUAGUAUUGGUGUUGCUGAUCCAACAUCUAUUUCUGUUUUUUCAUAUGGUACAUCAUCAAAAACAAAUAAAGAAUUACUUCAUAUAGUCAAGAAGAAUUUUAAUCUUCGCCCUGGUUCGAUUAUAGAGAAGUUACAAUUAAAAAAUCCAAUUUACGCAAAAACGGCAUGUUAUGGUCAUUUUGGUCGUCCAGAAUUUCCUUGGGAACAACCCAAAAAAUUGGAUCUUUCACCAUAG